CAGCUGCGUCUUUCAAACCCUUCGCUUGCGUUUUUGUCUCGUUUCGACACUUAACCAUGGCUGUUUUAAUGUGCAUUUUCUCUUUUAGUACUUUCCCGCUUCACGGCUUCACCUUUGACCUCACUUUCCUCGAAAACCUGGAAACGACAACACCUGAUCCACGCAAAGGAGGAUAAAUUAAGAAACUAAAAAAAACACAAAACGUCAUGUCUGGCUGUUACAGGACGUGCAGAGGUGGGAGGAGAGGCUGCUGGCUCCGGGACAGGGGGGCGGGGCUAGCUUCACUGUGAGAAUCUGCCUCCUCAUUCACACACACACGCAUGGUCUGCUAUGGACAGACAGAGAGCGAGCGGGGGAGCUGUGGAGUGGACAGCGCUGCCACAGUGCUGAAGAACUACAACUUAUGACAGCGACAGGGGCCAAAGAAGGGACUCGCCGGAUCCGCCGUCCGCUCUAGAUGCUGCUCUAGGUUUGAUUUUGAAAGCUCGGACCGCUCUCCAAAGAUGUCGAGGAGGAGGUCGGCGGGAGAACUGGUGCCUAAGGACAUUACCGAGGUGUUGGCCCGGGAGGCGAGGGUUCAGCGCGGGCACAGAAAGCCGGGUAGCUCCCUGGGUCAAGCCUUCAGCUGGUUAAAGGGGAGCAAGAGGAAGAAGAGCCUCGCCAAUGGACUCAAUCAAAGCGCAGUCGGCGUGAAAGACGGCAAAGACAACGCGCACGACUCUACAAAAGCUGGGCCGAAGGCGACGGAGGAGCAGAAGAGGUUGGCGGUUCAUUACACGGCGGCUCGGCAUUACCAGGAGAAUGUGUUCAUCGAAGGCAGCAGACCGCAGUACCUGGAGGAUCUGCACACUGAAGCUCUGGAAGGACUCAAAAUACUGCAGGAAGAACACAGAAACGGAGUGUCCUUCCCUGAUGACGGGAGCGUUGCUUCCAACGACACAGAUCAGCAGGAGCAGGAUAUCAGCCCCAAGGUCGAAGAUGGACGCCCGGAGUCUGGAUCUCCCUCGGGGAAUUCUGAUACCAGUGUGUUCUCUGCUGGGUCAACACGACCUGGACUCACCCGCCAAGGCUCCACAUUUAAGCCUCUGAACCCGGUGAAAAGCAUCGACCGGAACAAGAAGAGGGGCAGAAGGACGACCAUCAUGGGCAUUCCAAACCAGGUCCAAAAAGAGCUCGCGCUGCGUCGGCAUUCCACGUUUCAGCAGCUUCCUGAAAGUAACGGCGCGAGUAACGGCCAAUCAGGAGCGCUCGUCAUCCCCACGGUGGACGGAGGGGUCCCGGCCGCAAACAGAGGGGGCGCCAGAGUGCACCUGUCUGAGCUGGAGGUUUCCAAAGAGGAGAAGCUACUGCACAACCAUCUCCAGGCAGUUUACCAAGAUGAGCAGCACUUUAGCUUCCAGGGUUUUGGACAUCUCCCCGGGCCCACCUCCACCCCCGGGCCCACCUCCAUCACCUCCACGCUGAGACCCAAAUCUGUCGCGGUUCCUGGGAUGACAUCCUUCGUCUCCUGUCCAUCCACAGUGCUCAGCUUUCUACAGGAGCCGCAGGGUCCAGUGAUGUCCAUAUCUCCUCAGGCCACGUACAUGUCCACCAUCAUCCCCAACGCCGUUCUGCCCGCCGCCGUGGACGUCAUCGAAAUCGACCACGGUCUGAGCCGCGCUCGAGGCAGCAGCGUUCACACUGUGAGCAAAAGCAGCCUGGGAUCUGGGGACUCGCCCGUCAGCCCCGUGUUGUCCAGAAGAUCAGACGUGGACGGCUCCCAAAACGACACGUCUCUGAACAGCUCCUCGUUCGCGUGUGACUCCGCUUCAGAGUCGCAAUCUUCAAAGACCAUCGUUUUAAUCUCCUCCCCCGCUUCGUCCAAAAGGAGCACCUGUAGCGUUGAUUCGCAAAGUCUGACCCAGCAGGACCAAACUGGAGAAGAUCUCGUUAGCAUCCACAGCUCUGUUAGCGUAAUUAGCUGUCCCACGAGUACAAGUGAACAUUUGGUCGCGGGGGACGCCUCUGAGAUGGACACAUCGCAAGUUGAGGACAAAAAACUCAAAAGGAGAAGUUUGUCGGUUACGAAAACAAAGCAACCGCCGGCGCCACCUCGAAGAACGAACUCCUUGCAUUGUAAUAAGAUCAGAAAUAACGCAAAAGUUUUGGUUAACUGCCAGGAACCUGUGCUGGAGAAUGAUGUUACCGUGACAACAACCGUUACGUUAUCCACGCCCGGUUCUGUCAUCGAGAACGGAGGAGCGCACCCAAAGUCGGACGCUUCUUUUUCGAAUAGGGACAAAAUGGAACGCACGAUCUCGCCAUCUAGUGGUUACUCGAGUCAAAGCGGGACGCCAACGCUGUCCCCGAAAGAGUUCUCCCCAACCUCUCCGGAGAAGCAAAAGAAGGCGUCAGUCAAACCGGAAACGUCCGUGUCUCCGAGCUCUCCUUCCUCCUCUCUCACCUCGCUGUCGUCGGGCGCGUCUGAACCCGCCAAUCACGAUGUUCCCUCAAAGGACUCCGCGGCGCCCCCUACCGUCGUCUCAUCCGCACUCUCGACGCAAAUCAAAAGUCUUAUAAACGUACCGGCGCAUCCCAAAGUCCGAGCGCCGUGUCCUCCUCCGCCGGAAGUUUGGGCUCACAAUAGACGCACUGUCGAACUUCUUUUGGGAUCUUACGGGAACGUCGAGGCGUCGCAGUUUCUAGAUAGGACCGUGACGCAGGCGGGGACGCAAACUGAAGAAGAAACUCUGCCGCCGACGGAAGAUACCAGUGGGAAAAAUGAAGUGGAAUCAUCCGCGGAGAAGGAACAUGCCGUAGAAGAUCAAAACAAGACGGUACUGGAAAAUCUGAUCGUUCAAGACGCUGUUGAAGAAGUGACAAACGCACAAACUGUAAAACAACUCAAUGAUCUUCCAGUCGUAACCUUGACGAUAACCGACGAGCAGCUUUCAACCCAACCCGCGGACGAAGAACCAACGACCAGCGAAAGUUGCGACGCAGAUACCAACUUAAAACAAAAUGGACGCCAAGCAACUGACAAACUUACGAUAGAGGUGCCUAAAUUAUCAAAAAACACUCCACCUGCCACUCCUCCACCGACGUACCACCCGACGCCGCCGCUUACGAGAAAACCAACGAUUUCGACCCAGGAUUCUGUUGAACUGCAAAAGGUACAAGAGGACGGCAAAGUUUCGGAAUCGUGUUGGCCUCCUCCUCCCCCACCACUGGAAGAAGCUUACGAGGGAGGGGAUGAGACGGAAUUCCCGCUUCCGCCACCUCCUCCCCCUCUGCCGGUGGAAAACUCCACAGACGUGCCUGAUAAAGCCGAUAAAAAUAACGUAACUGUUUUGAUCAAGAAUGGAGUGCAGGAGGAAAGGCAAGAGACCGCCUCAGAACCUGAUUUUGUUGAAGAAUUGGUUCUUCAAAAACACGGCACACGAUCUGACGCUUUGGUAUCCGUUAGCGCAGUAGAAAACUCAACGUCUUUAGUAGCAAACUGUUCAAGCCAAGACUCUCCGAAACCUGAAGAUCUCCUCCACAUCGCCCAUCCAAACCAAACCGCAGAGAACCCGCCGUCAUCUGUGAGUUUCAGAAGGCAACCCAGUACCGCAAACAGAGCCAAAGAGUUCCACGCCCGCCACAAAAGCGUCCCCAUUCCGAAAGAGGACGCCAACAUACCUUUAGUCACGCCAUCCUUACUUCAGAUGGUCCGGCUCAGGUCGGUUAGCAUGGCGGAAGGAGACGGUAACGGCGCUUCUGAGGAGAAAUCGGCGAAUGUAGAAACGUCAGCGCAAGAAAGCCGCCCCGUCGCUAGCCAAACCCCACAAAACACACCACAAAAGCCAAUUCGGAAGUCGCUAUCCGUUAAAUCCUCGUCCCCGUUACCUUCUCCAACAGUUGUCCAACCUUCUCUGCGACUGCAAGAAGCUAUACGAAUGAAAACCGCAGCGAUGUCCUCAAAGGAGAGUCUUCUAGUCAGACCGGUAGCACGGUUACCUCCUUACAACACUAAAGGCGUACCAGGAAGUGACACGCACAAGUCCACAGCUUCCACAGCCAGCUUCAUCUUCGCGCGGAGUGACAAAAAGGUGGUAAUCGAAACUGUGGAACCAUCCCCCGAAGCGCAGAUGUCCCUGAAGCAGAACUUGGCAGCAGAACUCGUGCAUUUGUCAGAGCAGUCCAAGAGUAAUGCCUACUCCAACGGCGGGAUCAAGUCUGUUCCCCCACCAGUCGCCAGGAAACCGAGCUACGGCAGCGUGGGGCCCCUGCAGACGCUUCCAGGAAAUGUUGGCAUUAGGCAUCAAAUCGCUCCACUCGAGACAAAAACCACAAGAGUCACAGCGGACACAAUAGAGACACUGUUCUGAGGAUUUGGUGACGAGCUGAAGAGUCUGAAGAGUCUGACGAACACAAGGACGACAUGCAAAUACAGAAAAGGACAGAGGAACUGUGUUAUUGCUGCGUGACAAGUAUUCAAAGUAUUCCAAAAGCCUUAGCCUGUAAUGGCCUUUCAUAUUUAUGCAAAAAGCCUCUCUAUUUCUUAAGACAGCUUUAUUCUGGAGUAUUUUUCUAUAUUAUUUAUCUCUAAUGAAGCCUAUCCCAGAGAGGUGGAACACGUGGGACUGUAAAUACUGUACGUGACUUGCUUUUGGUCGCCCUCUUGUGGCUGAGUUAAGUAGUAGCUCAAUCUUUCUGGCUCUGACAAAGCCUUUCUGUGAAAUGCUACUUGUGUUGUGUAAUUAUUUUGUAAAAUAAAUGCGUUGUUAACGAAACAGAUUUUUAAAAAGUGCAUUUACAGCAAAGCUAAAAUAGAUUUUUAAAAUGUUAUAAACAUAAAGUAGAACAAAUCAGCUGUACUUUGUUUUUACAUUAAGAUUGCUGCAGCUCUUGAAAGUGUUUCAUUUCCUGACCUUCGUAACACGUUGGUAAAUGUAAAUCAUCAGAGUAAUAUUGACCAGUUUAUGUGGAGAAUCAUAAUUAAAAAACUGGGGUUUCUGCAAAAACAUCUGUGGUGUAGCGAUUAUGGAGAUGAAAAAAACUUUUAACAUCAAUAAUAAAAACCUGCCCCUUGGUUAAAAAAUAGAAUCCAGCUUGUUUCUAUUUGCACAAAUCUUUUUUUUUUUCCUAAACUGAGUGGAAUAUUCUGACUUAAGUCACACAUAUGUACAGUUACUACUUUAAAUAAAAAAUAUAUGUAAAAAACUGU